GCCCACUCAGAUCUUGCCAGAGAGCAAGAGAGAGGAACUGGGGUUUGCGAGUACGGUGGCUUUGUCUGUUUCCUGUUUCAGCAAGGCUGCUGUACAGAAAGAAAGACUACCAAGAAGAGAAAUGCCGAUGGGGCCCAGGGCCAUGGACUGAGAGCUUACACUUCACUCAGCUGCUGUCUUGCCCCAUCUGAGACCACAGCCAAGAUCUGCCCAGGAGCUGGCAUGCUUUUCUGAGCCGCUGGGGCUGGAGCCUAGUACCCAGAGAUCGUGAGACAGGAGCCAAUUUAACUGGUUAUCCAGAAGUCCCUCAGAGUAUGAAUGGCCAUUGAACACCCCCACCAUAAUAUCCAGGCAGCUAUUCCAGGAACCGGAAGCCCAGCACAACAGGUGCUCAGGAGGUCAUCAUGAUCAGCCCAGACCCCAGGCCCUCCCUUGGCUUGGCCCAGUGGGCUGAGAGCUACGAAGCCAAGUGUGAGCGCCGGCAGGAGACCCGUGAGAGCCGCCGCUGCCGCCAUAACGUGACCACUUGCCGUCAGGUGGGGAAGACACUGAGGGCCCAGCAAAGACAGCAGCUGAAGAGAGCUCGACAACAGCAGUUCUUCAGGAGAAGGAACCUGCAAGUGGAGGAGAAAGGCACGGCACAGAGUUCCCAGGCUAGGGAGCAAGGUCCCUCCAGGAGAAGCCAGGCAAGUGACCUCAAUGCACCCUCAUCUUGGGCCAAGAGGAGCUCUUCCCCCAUACAGCAGGUAGCAGGGACCAGCUCUGAGAUCAUUACAACCCAGCAUCAUCCUCCCUCAGGUGGCCGGAGGGAUCUGGCUGACCAUCUCUCCUCACAAGCUGGGGACCUUCCAUCACACAACUCUCCCAUUAAGAAGCCACCCAAACACCACCGCGGCACUCAGACAAAGGCAGAAGACGCACAGACAACAAUCAAGAAUGAUGCCAGUCAGCAAACCAACUGCGGCGUCGCAGUUCUGGAUAAGGAAAUCAUCCAGCUUUCUGAGUACCUCAAAGAGGCCCUACAACGGGAACUGGUCCUAAAACAGAAAAUGGUGAUUCUCCAAGACCUACUUUCCCACCUAAUUCGGGCCUCUGACAGUUCCUGGAAGGGGCAGCUCAAUGAAGACAAGUUGAAGGGCAAACUGAGAUCCUUAGAAAACCAGCUGUACACCUGUACCCAGAAAUACUCCCCUUGGGGGAUGAAAAAGGUGCUACUGGAGAUGGAAGACCAGAAAAACAGCUAUGAGCAGAAGGCCAAAGAGUCACUGCAGAAAGUGCUGGAGGAGAAAAUGAGUGCAGAGCAGCAACUGCAGAGCACACAGCGGUCCCUGGCCCUGGCAGAGCAGAAGUGUGAAGAGUGGAGGACCCAGUACGAGACUCUGAAGGAGGACUGGAGGACCCUGGGGACCCAGCAUAGAGAGCUGGAGAGCCAGCUCCAUGUGCUUCAGUCCAAACUGCAGGGAGCAGACAGCAGAGAUGUACAGAUGAACCAGGCCCUGCGACUUUUGGAGAAUGAGCACCAAGAGCUGCAGGCCAAGAUUGAAUGUCUGCAGGGGGACAGAGACCUGUGCAGCUCGAAUACCCAGGACCUACAAGAUCAACUAAAGAGGUCAGAGGAGGAGAAACUCACCCUGGUGGCCAAAGUACAGGAGAUGCAAAGUUUGCUUCAGCAUCAGUCCUUACAGCUGCAAGAACAGGAGAAAUUCUUAACAAAGAAAGAUGAGGCUUUUCCUGUGUGGAGUCCAAAGCCCUUCUAUAAUGAAGCGGAGCCUGAGGGUACAAGGGAGGACAAAGACUGGGAUCUCAGAGACCAGCUGCAAAAGAAGACUUUGCAGCUCCAAGCCAAGGAAAAGGAGUGCAGAGAACUGCAUUCAGAGUUGGACAACCUCAGUGACGAGUACCUCUCCUGCCUGCGGAAGCUGCAGCACUGUCGGGAAGAGAUGAACCGGAGCCAGCAGCCACCUCCCAGAAGGCAAUGUGGCCAAUGGCUCCCGAUGCUGAUAGUGGUGACUGCUAUAGCACUGGCAGUGUUCUUGGCCAACAAGGACAGCCUGAUGAUGUAACUGGCUUGUGAUAGCUGCCUUGGGUAACAAUCAGAAGCAAGCAACUCAAUGGAAAACUCAGAAGGUUUGGAUAUUUUACAGUUUGGGUUUCUCCCCCAAAAUGAAGUUGAAAUUUCUGAUUUUGUUACUAUUUUCUGAACUUACUGUAAAAUAAACAAACUUCACCUGACCAGUCUCUUUUCCUCAGAA